AUGGAAAGUGAUUCAAGUAAUUGUGAAAGUGUACAAAUGAUAUCUUCUACAAAAAAGAGACCAAAACAAGGACGAUUAACAGAUGUGAAUAAAAAAUUGGAAGUGCAAAGCCAUGAAAUUGGUAAAGAAUGCGAUUGUAAACGUUUGCAGUGCUCCAAAACGAUUCCUGCGGAGGGUAAGCGAGAUUUUAUAAGGAAUUUUAAUCUUUUAGAGUCAACUGAUAAGCAAAACUCAUAUUUAUGUGGACACGUUAGUAUUGACCCAGUCAAAAAUAGACGACCUCGGGUAGAUGAAGAAAAUGCUCGUUUAAGAGAUGUUGUAGCUCUGUAUAAGAUUAGGUAUUUACAUGAAAAUAAGCUUAAUGAAUUAGAAAUUUGUCGAGAUGAGUUUAUAGCAUUACACGGCAUUACAAAACGUCGAAUUGAGUGUUUACUCACAUCUUUAAAAAAUACUGGCAUUUCUCCAAUUGAUAAAAGAGGAAAACACUCAAAAAGGCCAUUAAAACUGUCUGAUGAUACUCGUAAUAAAAUUAAAGAGCAUAUAUCUUCAUUUAAAAGCAGAGGCAGUCAUUUAUAG